AUGGCUUGUGUUACUAAUGAUGCAAAAACUGUGGUUAAAUCUCUUCAAAAACAUAUUUUUACAAUGUUUGGUACCCCAAGAGCUCUAAUUAGUGAUGAGGGUACCCACUUUGUAAAUAACCUGAUGAGUGGAGUUCUUGAAAAGUACAACAUUAACCAUAGAAUAGCAAAUGCCUACCACCUGCAAACCAAUGGAUUAGCUGAACUCUCAAACCGUGAAAUAAAAGGAAUUUUAGAAAAGGUUGUCAAGCCAAACCAAAAGGAUUGGGCUUUCAAAUUAGAUGACGCUUUAUGGGCCUACCGGACUACUUUUAAAACACCUAUCGGUAUGUCCUCAUAUAAGCUUGUUUUUGGUAAAGCUUGUCACCUGCCUUUGGAACUAGAACACAAAGCAUAUUGGACCAUCAAAGAAUUAAAUAUGUGCCCAGAUAUGGCUGCCAGUAAAAGAAAAGUCCAGUUGUGUGAAUUAGAGGAACAUGGGAAUUUGUCCUAUGAAAGUGCCAAGAUUUACAAAGAUAAAACUAAAAAAUGGCAUGAUAAAAGAAUCCAACACCGGGAGUUAAGAGCUGGUCAGAAAGCUCUUUUGUUUAACUCUAGGUUGAAACUGAUCCCGAGAAAGUUCAAGUCCCGUUGGUCUGGACCUUUCCUCAUUCAUAAAGUUUAUCCGUAUGGAGCAGUUGACCUAAUCAAUCCCGAGGACAAUUUUGUGUUCAAAGUUAACGGUCAAAGAGUGAAGUUAUUUAAUGAUCCGGUAGAAAUUCCAGAGUUAUGCUCUGUGAAUUUUGUUACCCUUUGCUAA